AUGGCUCGCCCAGCUAAGAAGGAGGUGGAGGCUAAGAAGAAGCCGGUUGUGGUGGAGGUGAAAACCCAAGAGAAGCCCUCACCGCAGCCCUCUCCUGCUCCUCAAAAACCCUUAUCAUCGGCUGCCCUAGCCAAUGCCUUUGAUCUGUUGGAUGAGGACUCUUCAGAUCUCGUCAGCAUCGUCGAUGCGAAAGAAGAUGAUGCUUUUGUAGCAGCAGAGAGAAAGAGGAUCGAGGAGGAGAAGAAGGCAGCGAGGGAAUCCAAGAUUAAGGUCAGGGUGGAGGAGAAGAAGGACGCGAGAGAGGCUAAGAAGAGGGCUAUCCAAGAGAAGAAGGUUUAUGAAGCCUCGAUUCUCAGGUUCCACAGCGCUCGUCCUAAUCUUAGUUUUUCCAGGCCUUCUGCUUUGGCUAGUGAUGGUGUGCAGUCCCAAUUAGCCAAGAACCUGAGCGGGUUGGAGUUGCAGGCGAAGGAGAGUCAAGGUGCUCCUGUGGAACAGGAGGCUGCUAGUGUUGAUGGAAGCAGCAGCAAGAGUUCUGAUGGGAGGAGGAGAGCAAAUGUGAAUGGAAGCUUGCGGCGAAAACAGAAGAAGAAGAAGGUUGAAGGAGAGAAAAAGGAGGGAAAGGAUCAACAGGAAAAGCAAGACAGCAACAAUGGUGCUCCUGUUGUGAAUAGCAACUAUCCUCGUUCUUACACUUUAAAAGAAUAUGAGGAGAAGAAGAAGAGAGAAGAAGAUGAGAAGAACAAAAAAGCCGAUGCCAUCAAUAAUGGGAUGGAUCAUAGACAACAGAGGUUUGACAAUGGUGGGCAGAGGAGGUUUGCCAAUGGUGAACCGAGGAGGUUUAACAAUGGAGGGCAAAGAUUUGAUAAACAGCAAGCCCUUGCAGAAGAAGCUGUUGUAAAAGAAGAUGCUUCAUUUAGCUUGGAGGAUGCUGAUUUUCCGGUUCUUGCAAAACAGGUCCCUGCAGUAAAAGCCCCUGCCGAAGAAGUUAUUGCCGGAAAAGCUGUUGUAGAAAAAGCCCCUACAGGAAAACCUGUUGCAGGUAAAGCUGUGGCAAAAAAAUCUGGUGCAAAGAAAGCCUAA